AUGGCUGGCAAGGCAGUGGAGCCCCGCGUCCCUGUGACUUUGCAGAAGUCGCGGCUGAAGGCGGAGGAGAAGGUCCUAGACUUGGACUUUGAGCUGGUGAGCGUGCAGUUCAAUGAGGCCGGGAGGUAUGCUCUGAGGCUCACGGUGGAGAAUCCACUGCUGGAGGGAUCUGGCGCUGGGGUGCAACUGCGGGUGAACGAGGGGGACCCCCUUUACACCAACACGGCCAUGACCGACAUUGUCGAGCAAAGCAACCUGAAUGAAGUCUAUGCGUUUGAGAAGAGGCAGUUCCUUUUUACCUUGCCCAGAGGUAAGAAGUCAGGGUGGAUAAUUAACAGAAGUGGAAUACAAAAAGGGAGGUGUGAGGAGGUCGUGGAAAUAAGUGAAUGAAAGAUGGGAUAACGAAAUUGUUUGAUUUAUUUUAUUGUUUUUGGUUUGUUUUGUUAGUUUAAUGUAUUAUAUUGUAUUGUUUUUUUAGUGUUUAAAUUUUUUGGAAAAGUAAUAAAUAUUAUUUUUUUUAAAAAAAAGAAGUCAGGGUGGAUGGGAAGCAGGAAGAACAUGGAUGAGUCCUUCGCCACCUAGGAGAGAUCAGGAGGAUCAGAUCUCACCCUAACCCAAUGCCACAGUAGUGAGAUUCCUGCAUGGGCAGGGGGUGGACUAGACGACCUUUGAUGUCCCUUUUAAAACAUUUACUCAUUUAGUAAAAUUUAUACAAAGCAGUUUACAAAAAAGAUAAAGCACUGAAAUUAUCACUAAGAAAAUGUAACGAUGGUUUAAGAUGACUGAAAAGUUAAAAUAGACUAGAAACAGAUUUGGGUGGAAUCUAGACACAUAAAAAUGUUGCAAAAUUGCUUUAAAAAAAAAAAGUUUUGGAAAAAAUAUAUUGAAUUUGCCAUAGCUCACCAUUGCCAUCUAGUGUCAUAUUUACACAAUGCGCUUUACAACACACUUCAAACGUUUUAUUUGCAGCUGUAUUGCUGAGUCUUAAGACUCGUUUCAACUUUCUAAACAUGUGAGCAGCCUUGCCUGGAUAAAAAAUGUUUUUAGGAGGCGCCUGCCUGAUAUCCGUAGGCAGUGCUUCCCCCCCCCCAAAAAAAAUGUUCAGGGGUACUCUCCUUUUCUUACUCAUAUUGAAGUACUGCCCCUCAAUGAGGCCAAGCUUAGAUUCACAAAAUGUUUAGGGGUAUGCGUCCCCCCAGGAAAAAAGCCCUGUCCGUCUCCAGCUCCAUCGUUCUGCCCAGACACAGAGGUCCAGCUCCGAGGGCCUUCUGGCAGUUCCCUCACUACAAGAAGCCAAGUUACAGGGAACCAGGCCGAGGGCUUUCUCGGUAGUGGCACCCGCCCUGUGAAACGCCCUCCCACCAGAUGUCAAAGAGAAAAAUAACUACCAGACUUUUAGAAGACAUCUGAAAGCAGCCCUGUUUAGGGAAGCUUUUAAUGUUUAAUAGGUUAUUGUAUUUUAGUGUUCUGUUGGAAGCUGCCCAGAGUAGCUGGGGAGGCCCAGCCAGAUGGGUGGGGUAUAAAUAAAUUAUUAUUAUUAUUAUUAUUAUUAUUAUUAUUAUUUAUUAUAAUAUUUGAUAGGGAGCAUUGAGUGGGGUGUCUGCCACACUAUUUUUUGGAGGUAAGGGGUUGGAUUUGCUAUGGAUGGCUUGCAUGUUACCUCAAUUUAACAGCUGUUUGCGCUGUGCUCUCCCCUCUCCACCUGCCCAGGCUUCUGCAAAAAUGACAAAAACCAUGACGCCCGGCUGCGAAUAGAAGCUCUGCGCCUUCGCGGUUCCUCGCUGAGGACCAGUGUCCGGGCCGGGGAAGCUUUCUUCGCCAUCUACCCCCGCACCAACCAGCCCCGGAUGAAUCUCUUUGCCAGCAGAGACGAGGACCUGUACCGCUAUGGUGACAUCCUGGUGCUGCUUCGGGUGGGCAGCGAUGAGCUGGCCAUGCAUUGUGGGAGGCUGGCCUACGCAGUGUCGUUCCAUGAGCACCGGCCUGUGGCCAAGAAACAGGCACCCACCAGUCCUCUGCCACCCCCCAGGCUGAAGGAGAGGAGCCUGCCGGCUGGAACCAGCUCCCCAACACCUUCCCAGUCGCUGCCGGUCCCACAGCAGAUUCACUCUGCACCUGAGCCACACCCUUGGCCCACUGAGGAGUCCUGCACACCCGGGGUAAGAAAUGUCAGAGCAAGGGCCAGGUCUGCUUCUGCGCUGCAAUUUGUUGCAUUAGAAAUGACGGAGGGAGCAAUCCACGUGAAAAGAAAAUAAUGACCCACAGCUUGCCAUCACGCUUUCUAGUGUGUUAUUUGUAUAUUGCAAUUGUUUAUCUUGAAACCAAUAGAAGAGUCUUACUGGCUCCUGCAGGGCUAAUAAAUUUGUACAGAGCCUAGGACUUGCCGAUCAGAAGGUUGGCAGUUCGAAUCCUCGUGAAUAAACCCUAGCAUUCCCCUUUUCAAACUUGCAGCGGAUGUGUUUGCUCAGGCUCACUAAAGUUCUGGUAUUUCCCCCUUAUUCCCUCAUAAAAGAUAAGACACAACACAGUCUUCUACAAAAGUAUAAAAAGGUUUACUCACAUAUCAUUCUGUUCACAAUCAGAUCCCAGAAGGCAAACUUAGCUUAGAAAAGUAACAUAUACCUAGAAACUAUCUCAUAAGAAGACAGUCCCUUUGUCCUGUCUUGGCUGGAAGCCAAGAGGGCAUCUUUGGCUAAGCAGAUGUUGCUUCUUUGAUGCAUGUAGUGAAAGAGAGAGAGAUGGCUGUCCUGCCCUGUACUUUUGUCCUUACCUGCACAGGUGAGGCCACACCCACCUCUAGUCACAUGCAGAGGAAGUCUGUCCCUGCCCAGAAGGAGACAGGAAGUUUACCUGCUGGCUGGACAAACAUUCCUCACCAUGUGUAAACAUGUUCACUCUAGGAAUAUUGUACUUGACUGCUCUUGUGUUUCACAUCCCACAGAUGUGAUGUGUGUGUGUGUUACAGAAGUUGGCCACCACCCCUAGUCUCUGCCAAGUGGUAGCAAAAUUCCACAGGGUUCCAGGUGCUCCCCCGGGGUUUGUGCCCCUUUGGAGAAUUGAAGAUGCUGGGCAGAAAUGUAAUCCAUCCAUCCAUCCAUCCAUCCAUCCAUCCAGGAAGCAUGACUCCUGUGCUUUCUCUUCCCCUCAGGUGCCCAGCCUACCUGAGCCUCAACAGGAAGCAUCUCCUAGAGCCAUUAAAGAGUUUUCUGAUGAACAGCUGUCAUCAUCUCUGCCAUCCUCUUCCGCCUCCUCCUCACCAGCCUCGCCAAGGCGAUUGCCAAGUGAUGCCAAACUCCACCUCCCUUCGCCAGGAUACAGCCCUGAGCUGCUUUUUGAGAAUAUAUUUUCAGGGGUGCUGGUAAGUCAAUGACUUUUGGUCUGUGCCGGGAAUGGAGGACCUGUGGCCCUCCAGAUGCUAUGAACUCCAGCUACCAUCAGCCCCCAGCCAUCAUGGCCCACAGUCAGGGAUGAUGGGAAAUGGAGCCCAGCAGCAUCGGGGGUGGGGCGCAGGUCUCUGUUCCUGGUCAAUGUGGUGGGAAAUACAUACCUUAAAGGUAAGGAUAAAGGGACCCCUGACCAUUAGGUCCAGUUGUGGCCGACUCUGGCCCAAUGGUUGCCAUUAAUUUGAUUCUGAAUUGAUUUUAGAAUGAAUUGAUUUUAGAAUGCAUUUCAAUUAAUUGAUUGUGAUUUUAUGAAAACUGUGUUACUUUUAUUGUUGGUAGCCGCUCUGAGCCCGGAUUUGGCUGGGGAGGGUGGGAUAUAAAUAAAAAUAAAAAUUUGUUGUUGUUGUUAUGUUUAGCCUGGGAGAGAGGAGAGUGAUACAAAAGCCAUCUUCAAAUGUCUAAAGGGCUGUCACAUGAAGGACGGAACAAGUUUGUUUUCUCCUGCUCCGCAGGGUACAACCCAUACCAAUGGCUUCAAGUUAUAGGAAAGGAGAUUCAGAAAUAAUUUUCUGACCGUAUGAGCUGUUUGACAGCAGAACAUCCUCCCUUGGAAGAUGGUGGACCUUCCUUCUAUGGAGGUUUCUAAGCAGAGGUUGGGGGGCUAUCUGCCAAGGAUCCAUCAGCUGUGAUUCCUGCAUCACAGAAAUAAAAACCUGACCAGAUAGGGACUUGUCUCAGAGAAAGCACCAACCAUAUUUUAUUCAAAAGCACUUAUUUCCAAGAUCCCUGUGUUCUUACUGUUAUGUACUGAGUUGAAUAGGAUCCAAACUGCAGCAGUCUGAUUGGUCCUAGAACAAUAGGAUCCAAAAUGCAGCAGUCUGAUUGGUCCUAGAACAAUGCAGCAGUAUGAUUGGUUGGCAGGAACCACCCAAUCAUGCUCCAGAUAGAAGUGAAUCCACAACCUGAUUGGCUUACAGUAGAAUUCCGGAAUUAGCCAAUCAUGUGCAGCCCAUUGUGUAAAUAAUGUAUAUAAAGCAGAUACUGUGAGGGGACUUUCAUUCAUUCCUCCUCACCACUAUGAGCUGAAUAAAGAGCAUGAAAUCACUUUGCGACUCUGAGUAUAUUUCACUGGCGACGAGGGUGGGAUCUCGCUGAGCUGACGGCCACACACAGCACCGCAGCACCGCCACCUGCCGCACCGCUGCCUCGCACCGUGUAUCCAGGCUUAAGCUCUGGGACACAAGGAACUCAGAAUGGCAGCCGACAGCAGCUUCUCGCCGUUCAACCCAGCAUCUGGAGACUGGGAAGCGUACACCUCCCGUUUCACCUUCCUCCUAGAAGCCAAAGGGGUCACCGACGAAGAAGACGCCAAGAAGAGGGCGAUAUUCUUCAGUGUCUGCAGAGAGGAGACGUUUGAAAUCGCCCGGGCUCUCCUUGCACCUGAAGACGUCGCUACUGUUCCAUACAAAACAAUAAUGGAACAGCUGAAGGGGCACUUUUCGCCGCAGCCCUCAGUGGUGGCUCGUCGAAAUGCCUUCUACACAAAGCGGCAAGCCCCUGGUGAAACCAUAACUGGGUUUGUGACCUCUCUCCGCCAAGCCGCCCGGUUCUGCAACUUCUCAGAGCUGGAGAACAUGCUUCGUGACCGCCUCGUCGGUGGCCUGAAGGAUGAGAAGCUGCAACGACACCUCUACGCUAAGAAGGACCUAACGUUCCAGGUCGCUCUGGAGGAGGCCCUGGCAACGGAAGCUGCCGAGAGGUAAACGCAAGAGGCACGGCCGAGCCUGCCAUCCCAACCGAGGGUCCACCACAAAGACCUCACCGACGACUCAGGAUCUGACAGAGAGGAGGUGCACCGAGUACAGCAGCGCACUCAAGCAGCACACAUACCACAGCUGCCUCAACAAGAAGGAGGGAACUGCGCAAGCUGCGGGGAGAGUCACGAGAGGAGGACCUGCCGUUUCCGCAACGCAGAGUGCCGGCAGUGCAGAAAAUCGGGACACAUCGCCUGGGUGUGUCGGGCUCGGCCCACCCGACACCAGGCAUCAGAUGACCAAUCCAAGAGCCCCAGGUCCCGGAGCCCAACGCACUAAGGCAACUCGACGGAGCUCACGGACUUCCAGGUAUACCAGUUGCCCCACCCCAACGUAGAGAAAAUUUAUGUAGAGGUACAGAUAGAGGGGGCCCCAUGCCGCAUGGAGCUUGACACGGGUUCAACUCUAUCCAUAAUCUCGGCAAGGACCUUAAGGAAACUGUGUCCUACUGGGGGUCCCAAACUCAGGCCGGCCCCAUUCACCCUACGGGACUUCCAGAAACGUAAGGUCUCCACAAUGGGGGUGGGGACCUUCAGGGUGCAAUACCGAGGGCGGACGCGGCAACUAGACUUGCUUGUGGUCAAGGGCCCCUACAUUAGCUUACUGGGAUUGGCAUGGUUUGGACCACUGGGGCUAGCCGUCACCGGGGUGAACCACACUAGCUUACAAGUGGACGUGGACGCCAUAUGCAAGGAAUUUCCAGGGGUUUUCGAUGGGAAAUUGGGACAGUAUACGGCCCCCCCAUUGCACUACAGCUUGACCCCACAGUACGACCGGUCAGGCUCAAGGCCCGCCGGGUCCCGUUCGCCUUGAAACCCCGUAUAGACGAGGAACUGGACCGGCUCAUGGAGCAAGGAGUGCUGGAGCCGGUGCCUAAUGCCCCCUGGGAAACCCCAAUUGUCACACCCGUCAAGCCUAAUGGUUCGGUCCGCAUCUGCGCAGACUACAAAUGUACCAUAAACAAGGCCCUCACGGCCCACGCAUACCCAGUGCCAGUGGUCAGCCAUGUCCUUGCCACCCUGGCUGGGUCGAAAAUUUUGGGCAAGCUGGACUUGGCCCAAGCAUAUCAACAGCUGCCAGUAGAUGAGGCCACAGCAGAGGCACAGACGAUUGUGACGCACAGAGGAGCGUUCAGGGUAAAGUGGCUGCAAUUUGGUGUCAGCGUGGCACCAGGCAUAUUCCAGAAUCUAAUGGACUCUCUCCUUAAAGGGAUUCCUGGCGUCACCCCCUUCUUCGAUGAUGUUUUGAUUGCCGGGCCCACACCAGAGGAGUUUGAGGACCACCUCCGCACCGUUCUGCACCGUUUCCAGACGGCGGGUCUCAAGGUGAAGCGGGAAAAAUGCCUACUAGGAGUGCCUCAGGUGGACUUUCUGGGAUUUAUGGUGGAUGCAGAAGGAGUCCACCCGACUGGGGACAAGGUAUGGGCCAUUUGUGAUGCCCCAGCGCCCAAGAGCAAGACUGAACUUCAGGCCUUCUUGGGACUAUUGAACUUUUACCAUUCCUUCCUUCCCCACAAGGCGGCGGUAGCGGAGCCCCUACACAGACUCCUGGACAAGCGGGCCCCUUGGGUGUGGGGCCAGCGCCAGGAGGCCGCAUUCCAGGCAGUCAAGGACUUGCUUGUCUCAAACUCAGUCUUGGCACACUUCGACGAGAGGCUGCCGGUGGUGCUAGCAUGCGACGCCUCGCCCUAUGGCAUUGGCGCUGUCCUGGGACACCAACUCCCAGAUGGAAGAGAGGUACCGGUGGCAUACUUUUCCCAGACACUCAACGCAACCGAGCGGAACUACUCGCAAAUAGACAAGGAGGGUCUGGCAAUCAUGAAGGGAGUAAAAAAAUUCCAUGAUUUCUUGUACGGGUGGCCCUUCACCGUGGUGACUGACCACAAGCCGUUACUUGGCUUGUUUGCCCCCGAAAAGCAGACCCCCCAAGUCCUCGCGUCCUCAGGUGGUCAAUUUUCCUUGCCAGCUACCAGUAUGCACUGAUUCACCGCCCUGGGAAGGCAAUGGGCCAUGCGGACGCCCUCAGUGGGCUACCACUACUGGAAACAGGCCCUGACCCAGCACCUGCACAAGAGGUUAUGAGCCUGGAGCUGCUUCCCGACCGCCCCAUUCAGGCACAAGAAGUUGCCCACCAUUCCAAGAAAGAUAGGGUCAUCUCCCGGGUCCUGGACUGGGUGUGGAGGGGAUGGCCCAGCAGAAGCCCUGGGCCAGAAUUCGCCGGCUACACAACCCGCAAACAUGAACUGUCGGCCCACAAGGGGUGCCUGUUAUGGGGAAGCAGGGUCGUUGUUCCCCAGCCCCUCUGCAAAAGGGUCCUCACAGCCCUACACGAGACACACCCAGGGGUAGUAAGAAUGAAGGCCCUUGCCAGAAGUUAUGUGUGGUGGCCAGGGAUCGACGGAGAGAUAGAGGCCUGGGUAAAACACUGCCAGGCCUGGCAAGAAUCCCGCCCAGAUCCCCCAACGGCCCCAGUCCAGUCCUGGGAGUCCGCCCGAGCACCAUGGUCACGCCUGCAUGUGGAUUUCGCUGGCCCCUUUCAGGGGAAAACAUUCUUCAUAGUGGUGGACUCCUACACCAAAUGGCUGGAAGUCGCACUGGUACCGUCCACUUCCAUGUCCGCAGCCAUCCGGGUACUACGCAGGCUGUUUGCAACCCUCGGGCUCCCUGACAGUCUCGUCUCAGACAACGGGACUGCAUUUACGUCAGGAGAAUUCCAAACCUUCACAGCGCAGAACGCCAUCUGCCACAUCCGUUCGGCGCCGUUCCACACUGCCACCAAUGGCCAAGCAGAACGCAUGGUGCGGACCACCAAGGACACCCUUCGCCGCAUGACGCAAGGGGAUUGGGAGUACCGCCUUGCCACAUUCCUUCUAGCACAGCACAGCACCCCCAGCUCAACGACUGGCCGGAGCCCCGCUGAACUACUAAUGGGUCGGCGCCUUGCAAUCAGAUUGGACCGCCUUCACCCCGAUAGAGCUCAGGAUGAGGUAGUGGUGGGGGAGGCAGGAACCCCCGGACCUUCGAGGCCCAGGACCCAGUGUACGCAAAGAAUUUUGGGGCAGGCCCAGCAUGGGUACCCGCCACAGUCACCAGGGUCACUGGCCCUGUGUCGUACGAGGUGCUAACGGAUGGGGGGCAAUGCUGGCACCACCACUGCGACCAGAUACAGCGAUGAUUCCCGGGAGAAAACCAGGAGGAGGACAGGUCAGAGGAGUCCCAAGGGAACAGCGGGGCAGUGAGGCCCAUAGAGCAGGAGGGGCCAGCAGGAGAGGCAGAAUUAGUAAAUACAGAGAGGACUCGCGAGGCCGAAAGGAUACCGGAACCAAAACCACGACUGAGCGAGCCGGUUGCGCCAGACCAAACAGCCCCAUCACAGCCAGCAUCCUUGGAACACGAACCAGAACCUGGAGCCCGGACCAGGGAACACCCCAGGCCGCAACGCACACGUAGGCCGCCGGCAUACCUUGAGGACUAUGAAUGCGACCUCCCGGGCAGGACUGGAACUUAGAGGGGGGGGUGUUAUGUACUGAGUUGAAUAGGAUCCAAACUGCAGCAGUCUGAUUGGUCCUAGAACAAUAGGAUCCAAAAUGCAGCAGUCUGAUUGGUCCUAGAACAAUAGGAUUCAGAAUGCAGCAGUCUGAUUGGUCCUAGAACAAUGCAGCAGUAGGAUUGGUUGGCAGGAACCACCCAAUCAUGCUCCAGAUAGAAGUGAAUCCACAACCUGAUUGGCUUACAGUAGAAUUCUGGGAAUUAGCCAAUCAUGUGCAGCCCAUUGUGUAAAUAAUGUAUAUAAAGCAGAUACUGUGAGGGGACUUUCAUUCAUUCCUCCUCACCACUAUGAGCUGAAUAAAAAGCAUGAAAUCACUUUCACUUAUCCUGUAGCAUUUGACAGGGAAGAUGUGUGCUGGAGGGAGGGGCUCCCUUCCCCCCUUUGUGUCGCUAGAACAUGUGCAUGCUUCUGUCUGCAGAUGACGACGAUAAUUGCGGAGGCCUUGAUUGAGUUUGCCUGGCAAACGUCUCGACGCAAAGGAAAUGGCGAUCGAUAUUAA